GCAGUGACCGGCGGUCUUCGGCUAGUCACAUUCAAUUUUCGUUGUCACGAUACCGGAUCUUCAACCUCGCCUACGGACCAAGCAGAAUCUCUGAGCAUCCCACAUCGCCACUGACGAUCACCAUCCACGUGCUUUACUUCGACGACAGAUCCUGUGCAAGGACUUUCCUCUCCAACCAUUUCCAAGUACUAUCAAAAUGGCACCCAACCUCUUCGUAGCCACUCAAAAGGCCUUUGCGCCGCACAAAUGGUUCAAAUCAAACAAGAUCGAUCAGUCAAGGGUCGUUGAAGAAUGGUCCAGUCCAGUACCCGGACAGUACGAGAGCAUCCCCGGUCGAGGCUGGUUCCUGAUCGCAACUCUCAAGGACGAAUCCAAACCAGAAAGCAACCCCAAGCCAUCUGUAAAGUCGUCAAACGGCAAGGAAUACACUCCACUGGACCAACCUGUUCCACUCAAGUACUCUCAUGCCAUCGGCCGUUACUUCCUGGAGCCUGAGUUCAACAAGCGAAAGAAGACCGUCAUGGUCAAGAACGACAAAGGCAAAGAAGUCAAGGCCGGUUUCUUCCGGGUUGACGACGUGGCUUGGGUCAGAUGCUGGGACGAAAACGACACUUUCAUCCCUGGUAACGCAAACGGCGCUGCGGGUUAUCAACGGUGGGUUCUCGAUCAGCAGACCCAACAGUUUCGUCACAUGAUCAAGCGCGAUGACCCCAACUACGUCCGGUCUCGAAAGAACUCCCCCGCUCGCGAUGCCGACAACCGCAGCCAAGAGUCCGUCAGCACUGAGUACCGCACUAGCCGUCCUGGUAGUACCAAGAACGGCUUCAGCGUUGCUAGCACCCGGGCCAAUAGCGUUCGCUAUCAGCCUCCAACUCCAACUUCGAACCCAGGAAGCCAACGCCCGUCGCGACAAAGCAGUCCCAAGCGCAGCGACAGUAUACCUCUUGAAGAGGCCAAGAUCGCGCUCCGACGCUUGGCUCGGGAACACGAAGAAGCCGCAGCCGCCUUGGCCCGAUCCCGCAUGAAGCGCUCCGACUCUUCCAAGGAUCGUGUCGAGCAAAUCGAGACCCGCGGUCGUGUUUCGGAGCGAGUCGGCAGCUAAACUAAAAGUGUUUUAUCCCCUUUUGCGUCUGGCAUGUUCGACGUGCAUGGCGUUCGGGUAUCUUCCAACGUGGGGUUUGGUGUUUAACACGUGGCUGUGUCCGUUGCUUCACGGCUGCCACGUCUCUAGAGUCUUGUAAUCCUUUUUAGAGUUUACGUCUUCCCUUUUUACGGCCUCAGAUUUAGCGAAUAUGGGUUUUCGGUAACGGGCUAGGCGGUGUUCAGUUCUGGGCUUCUUCUUCUUCUUUCAACAUGUCUUGCACUUCUUCUGUAACGGCGCAAUACUACAAGGGCAUCAUAGCACGGUAUACCCAAAUAUGGUUUGUAGGCCCCAUGAGCGGCUCUUGUUGUCAAGCGAAUAUACUCUGGGUUCUGUACGCGUAGCGUAACAAUUGUAUCUUUCUCUCAACCGUUUGCGUUUUCCUCCACGUCACCAUAUCAGUGACUGCUGUACAC